CGGGAGCGGGGGCACGCCACGCCACGGGACGGGAGGAUGGUGGGCGUCAAGGUGAUCGCCAACGACACCGAGUUCCAGCCCGAGCUCAGCGCCGCCGGCUCCCGCCUCGCCGUCGUCAAGUUCACCAUGCGCGGAUGUGGCCCUUGUUUAAGGAUAGCCCCAGCUUUCAAUGCCCUGAGUAACAAAUAUCCUCAGGCAACUUUUUUGGAGGUGGACGUACACCAGUGCCAGGGAACAGCUGCUACCAAUAAUAUAUCAGCAACACCAACAUUUCUGUUUUUUCGAAACAAAGUGCGAAUCGACCAAUAUCAAGGAGCAGAUGCUGUAGGUUUAGAAGAAAAAAUUAAACAGCACCUGGAGAAUGACCCUGGAAACAAUGAAGAUACAGAUAUCCCAAAAGGAUAUAUGGAUUUAAUGCCGUUUAUCAAUAAAGCUGGUUGUGAAUGUCUUAACGAAAGCGAUGAGCAUGGCUUUGAUAACUGUUUACGUAAAGACUCUACCUACCUGGAAUCAGACUGUGAUGAGCAGCUGCUUAUUACUGUAGCUUUUAGUCAACCUGUCAAGCUUUAUUCUAUGAAACUUCAGGGGCCAGAUAAUGGACAAGGUCCAAAGUACAUAAAAAUCUUUAUUAACCUUCCGCGAUCUAUGGAUUUUGAAGAAGCGGAGCGGAGUGAACCAACUCAAGCGCUGGAGCUGUCGCCAGAUGAUAUUAAAGAGGAUGGUAUCAUCCAGCUUCGCUAUGUAAAAUUUCAGAACGUGAACAGUGUAACUUUAUUUGUCCAAUCUAAUCAUGGUGAUGAAGAGACAACAAGAAUUACGUACUUCACAUUUAUUGGGACUCCAGUCCAAGCAACAAAUAUGAAUGACUUCAAGCGAGUAGUUGGCAAGAAAGGAGAGAGCCACUAGGAUGCUGAAGACACUGGAAGGCCUUACUGCAAUCAGACGAGAUCUCCACUUUUAUCUCCGACUCCUGGAUAAUUGCUUGACUAUAGCCAGAGACUGUCAGUCUGUUUCGAUAAUGCCAUUACCAAUAAAUCAUUGCUUUUGUUGACACGGAGUUUCACUAGUGUGUUUCUGUUGUAACCCUGGUACAUGUAUUUGUAAAUAAAAUUCAUUACUUUUGCCAAGUUUAAUUUCGUUAUUCUAGUAGCUGCGGCUCUCAUUGUUCCAUUUAAACUUCAAAACUAGACUGGCUUAUCUUAAGAAACAGAAGUCAUAAUGCAGCUUGCAUUUGUUUAAGGACUUUAAAAUGUCAAAAAUAAGCAAAACCRAGAUGGCUUGUUCACAGGCCUUUUAAAAUCAAAUUCAGAGCUACUUUGUUGUAAGUCUGAGUGAAAUUAGGAUCAUUGUUCCCACAAAAUAAAGAUAAUUCUCAGACAGGAAUGACUGUACCCUGCUUGGACACCCACAUUYCCCAGGAAAGAAAGGAAAAGCUCAGCCUGGGGAAGCGUGUAUUAAAUUUCUGUUCUAUCAACUUGCAGAUCUGUUUCAAACACCACUCUGGUACAAGCCUUUCACCAUUAUGAGUUCUUGAGUCCUUUGGAGUAGUUUUUGUUCACCAUCAUGAGAAAAUAUUGAUCUUUCCCAGGCACUAGCAAGCUGUGCAGUUAUGGGGAUGAAUAGACAUCUGUGCUCCCCUCCCUAUUUUAUUCCUUGUAUUUUUAUCGGUCGUUUUUUGCUUGUCUCUGCAUCUCGAUAAGGAAAUGCUCUUUGCUAAUACUAGUUUCACAUCUUAAUUGGAAUUCCUGUGCUACUU